AUGUCGGAAGAUAUACACGAGAACAUGGAGCAACCAACAACUCCCCUGCUCGAGCACGAUUGCUCAGCAUGGAAAACAAGUAGUCAGUACAUGGAAGACUUAUACUGUUUAGGGGUUAAGCUCUGGCGGAAAAGCGACCUUAUAGAUAUCGAGCGACAACUAUCACAAUUUCGCACCAUCGAGAAGUUUACUAUCCGCUGCGUUGACCGCAGUAUAAUCUACAUAAAAAAUCCUAUGUACAAAGUACAGCGGCCGAUUUGGCUUCCCACUGUCAAAUUCCAGGAGUACUGGAGACUCGUAAAUGCCAAACCCGAUGGUCCUCCCGAAACGUACCGUUGCUCAUAUCUUGUCGAUUGGGAAAACCGGUCAGCGAGAGAUAGUAGGGGACUAAUGGAGAACUCGAGAAGUUUUCUUGUGAAAAAGAUGCAUGAAUGGUGUAUAAGCACGACGCACAACUCUUUCCAGUUGUUGAUUCGAAAGCUCCUACAUGGGCACAAAGUAACCAAGAUCAUCUGCUUUGGUCUUGGCGACAUAAGCCUCAGAGCGCCUGAGUGGUGGAGGGAGCAGCGUGGUCCAAACUGGCAGCAGGUAGAAGCCACUGUUAUGGAAAGCAGAAUAGCGCAAUAUUCGGCUGUCUUGACCAUAGCAACCGAGAUCAUUUCCAGCACAGGGGACGGGGUACGCAUACUGACCCAAGACCCUGAUUAUGCUGAAGAAACGAAGGAGACUUUGAGGGAGCUUGGGUUCGAAGUGGUAGGGCAAUUCGGCGCCGGAGGCUUCGCAGAAGUCGAUGACGAAACCAUAGUAUUUACGGCCUUCGCCUCUGCGCCCAUCAGGCAGAUUAUCGCUGAUAUUGCACGGCCCACUUUGAUCAUUGCUGUAGGAGACGACAAGACUUUCAAUGUCAAGAACCAGCCGUAUGGAGAUCCAGAAUCUCCCCGUACGAAACAAAUGUGGCAAGACUACGAAUCCUGGGACUUUCCAGUGGAGCCUGCCGAAGCACAGUCUAUGGUAGAAAUGGACAGACUGAAGAUAUACUCCAGAAAGACUACGAGGAUUGUCGGUACCGAUGUAUUGUUUGGGUAGUGUUACCAAAGGAGGGCUCUGUCACCGCACCCAACGGCGAUUAGUGAAGAGUGAAGGAUGUUCAAGAAUCAAUUAACGCUGUACGAC